CUCGUCUCCAAUAGGAUGGCGGCAUGAUAAACAAAUUAACAGCUCGUGCAAAACCAGUGGAAGUUGGCUGAAACUUAUUGCACCGUCAUGGCUCGCCGGAAGCUGCCUGUUGCGCCGAUAAUCUUGUCUCGAUUCAAUUCUCGUUUCUGGCGAUCGAGAUCUACUACUUUGAGCAACAACUACUCUCAUACAAUGAGAACGAGGUGCACAAAAGAAGCUAGCAGUUUAGCAUCUAAAUUAGAUGAGUAUAUUAAAAAUGUCCUUCAAUUGCCUCAAGAAGAACCUUUAGACACAGAAGAAAUCAGUUUUGCUACAAAUGAGACGCACGAAUCAUGUGUUUCGUCUUCCACAAACGGACGGAAAGAUUAUUUUCCAUUAGAAAUCGGAAACAUGAGGAAUCCGAAGAACGGUCGAAGAGGACGUGCUUGGUGUCCACCUCCAAACGAGAGUUGCCUUGGAAAACGCGAAGCGACGACACCCCAAACAAAUAGCAGGUCCCCCCAAGGGUCUGAACAAAUGAACUCUCGAUUACUGGAGAUACACGGAUUUUUUGCUUCAACGCCCGCAGACGAUUCGCUCGGCUCGAUCAAUGCGCAAACGUCUGUCGUUAAUAAAGAGGCUGGAAAAGUUUAUUUCUUGGUAACGUCGCCACAGUGUGAACUACAAUCAGUUUCUACACAAAAGCAGCCACAGGAAAGUAGUUCAGGCAUGAUGGUAGAUUAUAAAGUAACAGCUGUUUUAGAACUUGACGCUUCUUCAUUCGUAGCGAAUCCUCAGGUACAAGGUGCCAGUGAACUUGGUAUAAGCGACUUGGAUGACCCGGGCAUAUUGUCUGGAUAUCACCCGAUCCAAGAAGGUUGCCUAACCUUGCACGAUUAUAGCGACGCUAAUCAAGCAUUUACCGAGUUUCAAACGGACAGCUCUGUGUACUUCGGUCAACAACACCAAGAGGCCAUGGGUGAAGACCCCAGAGGAACACAGCUAUUGUAUGAUGGUGACUCAUUGCUAGAUCACAGCUAGAUUUAUUUAUGACCAUCUGUGCUCUUUCGAUCUGGUUAUGCCAUUGGAAUAAACUCGUGAUAGUGGUAAUUAUAGGGCUGAUUUUACUGUUAUUAUAUGUAAGUUUAAAACAAUAGUAUAAUCAAAACGCCACGUUUGGAUUAUAGCUCGUCACAUAAUAAAUAUAUCACA